GAGCAACAAGACUUCAACUCUGCUAUGGGUCCAAGAAUCUCCUUCUCCAGUGACUUUGCCGAUACCCAGAAACCAAUCAAGCAUGAUAGAAGCUAUAGAGAAGCACCUGUGUCGUCUGAUUUUGAGUUCUCUGUCUCUAAUAAAAACAUGAUCUCUGCAGAUGAGCUGUUCUUCAAGGGGAAGUUGUUGCCUGCAAAGAUAACCACCCUGAGAGAUGAACUCCUUGUUGAUGACGAUGACUAUGGGGAUGUGUUGCCGAGGCGACCGAAGAAUACUGGCCGAUGGAAAGAAAAGUUGGGUCUGAAGAGAGCUCAAAUUGUCCCCAAGAAAGCUAAUACAACUGAUAAGGCUUUACAAACCAUAGAUGAAGCAAAGAAGCUUGUGCUUGUUCCCGAGGAGGUCUAUGCUAACAUGACAGGAUCUAAUUGCUGAUCAACAAGGCAAAGGGAAUGCUAUUGAGAAUUAUCAUGAUUUUCGUGGAAGGAGGAUUUUUGUUUUCAUGCAUUAGCUAUUGUUGGAGACUACUGGUAAUGAAGGUCCUUUGGAUGAAUUUAGAGACAUUUGAAAUUAGGACUUGUUGGUCGGUUUAACUGGUCAUAUUGUAAUAAUAACCCCA